GCCCCGUUCGGCGUCAAUAGAUAUGUCCGGAUAUCCAUAUGGAGGUAACCCUCCCCAAUAUCCACCUCCCCAAAAUCAAAUAUAUCCCCAAAUUUAUAAUCCUGCCAAUGCACCACCACCUGGUCAGCCCAUUCAUGCAGCUCCAGGAUAUCCCUCAGGCCAAAAUCCUCAAUUUCCCUACCAGCCAGGCUUUGCCAUUUACCCUACUCAACCACUACAAGCAGGACAAGCACCUCCACCUGCUGCUAUGUCAUAUCCAUCUGGUCCUACAGCUCCUCCAUCUUAUGGAUACCAAGGAUUCCCAACCGUUACUCCUCAGCCUAAUUAUGAAGCACCAGUUGAAUGGAUUCCUUCUACACCUAAUGAUGCUCAUACUCUAAGCAAUAGAGCAGUUGUUGCUGGAUAUGAGGGCUAUGACCAAAGUCCACUUUGGGUCAUACGAGCAAGAUAUGAAGGUGAUAUGAUUCCGGGUAAACUGGCUAUUAAACACAAAGCAGCCUAUGUGCCCUGGGGUGGACGUGAAAAUGCUGUUAACAAUAUUGAGGUUUGCUGCGCCCGUCCGGAGAAGGUUCGUUGGGUCGAAAGUAGAGAUGGUAUGAUACCACAAAAUGCUAUUAUCAGUGGCAAUACUUCAGCUGGUGAACCUCUGUAUAUUGGAAGGGCAAGGGAACAAGGAUCCCUUACUCCGGGAAAGGUACACCCGAGUCACAAAGCCAUGUACUUGUCUUUUGCCGGCAAAGAAGUACCUCACAAGAUAUAUGAAAUACUAUGCACAGCCUAGGAGAUGUAAUCUAUUUUUUUUAAUAUAGAUAAUAGGCUCACUUUCAUUAUAUUAUGAUUGUUAUAUGUUUAAGAAAAUUAAACAAAAUUAUUUGAUUCAUUUCUUUCUUAAAACUUUUGAGAUGUUAUACAUUAUUUUAAGAAUUUUAGAUGCUAUUUGUUUAUUCAAAUGAAUUUACUAAGGUAUGUUAUUAUUCUAACAAUAAGUAUACUUAUUAAUAUUUUUUUCCUUUAGCUAUAUUUUGAAUGAUUUUUUUACGCUUGUAAGAAAUAUUGAAAAUUGUAUCUAUAAGAGAUGUCGAAAAAGAAACGCAUUUAUAAACGACAAUAUUUAGAUACUAAUAGAAAUACUAAAAGAAGUGUCUUUAUAUUUCUCAAACGCAUGAUUGUUCGACAUAAGUUGAAAAACUUUAUUUUAAAUAAUAAUAUAAAAUUAAUGUUUGUAUUUGUAUAAGCAUUGUUGCAUUUUU